CACGCUGACGAGUGCCAAGGCGUUGACUUCUUCGCCUUUGCGACACGGAAUUAUUCAAAAUGGGAGCUCAACAAAGCGCCGAUGCCGACGAAGAUUGCCGUCCAUGUUUUGGGAUCGAAACUCCAUUCAAGCGAAAUGCGAAAUUAAAUGAUCCUUUGGGAUCACCCUUACCUGACAUUCCAGCGUCGAGGCGAAAACAACGGGAGUUUAGUAGUCGAUACGACGGGCUGGAAAAAGAGACUUCGUCGGCUUCGAACAUGAACAGCCUUUAUGGGAACGUGGCGCAAACRAACAACAGUUCACGAACUGCUGGUGUUUUCGAAGGAUCGGUACGUGAACGAUUACACCUGACUCGUGAGAAAGUCGACGAUGAAAUUUACAUGUCGGCUUCACUUCAUCUUAGGAUACAAAGACGACUCCGGUASCGAAUGAUAUGAAGACAACAUUGUUUUUAUGCUGUGUUUAUCAGCAAGAUAUUGCUUACUUAUUUUCUGAAACGAGAAUUCAAUACUAAAAAUCGUGUAAUCUCUCUUUUUAAUCCCGAAAUGUUCUCGAUCUGUGCGAUACUUCAACCAAAGGAUGCUGAAGCGGCACUUCACCAAAAGUACCAACUGAUGGAAGUGUUAGGGGUCGGUUCAACUUCAACUUGCCACAGAUGUGUCGACAAAAAAACUGGUGCUCACUACGCAUGCAAAAUUAUUGACAAGCAGAUGAUAGAAGAACGUUUCCAUGGAAUGAUGGAACAAUUUCAUACAGAGAUUGAGGCUCUUCGAGCUCUCGACCAUCCCAGCAUAAUCCAGCUUCUAGAUGUCUUCAUAAGCGAGGAAAAAAUAUUCAUUGUCAUGGAACUAAUGGAAGGCGGUGAGCUUUUUGAUUAUGUUGUACAAAAGGGGACUCUGACAGAAGACGAGGCAUCAAGUAUUGUUCGAAAAGUUACAAGCGCCAUGGUUUACAUGCAUUCACAAAAUAUUGUCCACAGAGAUUUAAAACCAGAAAAGUAAGUCCAAUUAGAAACGGGCAAUCGUGAAAUUGACAGUUUUUCUUCGGUGGUAUACUAUUGAAUACGUGCAAUAUAUCUCAGUCGUCGUUUGUGUUUUGAAAGCCUUCUUUUAAGACGUAAACCGAACGGGCCUCAUGAUUCUGUUGAUGUCAAAAUAAUUGAUUUUGGUUUAUCGAAGGUACGUGUAUCGAGCAUACGAAGUUUACCAAAUUAUUUGAGAAAUCGUAGGCUAAGGACAUUCACGCUUCUGCAUCCUUCAAUUUUUUUUACAAAUAUUUACCGUAUUAAUAGUGCAUGACGGAACCAGUUGCACAGAGUUUUCUUGGUACUCGUGGUUAUUUGGCUCCUGAAAUGUUGCAACGAAGAAACUACACAAAGGCUG